AUCAAGCAUUUCUGCAUGUUAAUUUAAUUUCUAGUCACAUUGUCCAAUCCUUUGUUCUGCAAAGGAAAAUGGCCAGCUCAAAGACUUUCCUUUCUCUUGGCCUUUUUCUUGCUAUUGUUCUUUUCAUCUCUUCUGAGAUUUCAGCUCGUGAGCUUGCUGCCACAGUCCAAACCAACCGUGGGAAUGAACAGGUAGAUUCGCACUAUGACCAUAGGCAUGGACAUGGAAAUGGAUAUGGGAAGGGAAGCGUACAUGAAUAUGAAAAAGGAUAUGGAAAAGCGUAUGAACAUGAACAUGGUAAGGAAUAUGGGAAGGAGCACGAAGGUGAGCAUCUAAAAGGGUAUAGAUAUGAACAAGGCAAGGGGCAUAAUGAAGAGCACGAAAAAGAAUAUGGAAAAGGUCACGGGAAGGGGCACGAAGGUGAGAAUGGAAAAGAUUAUGGAAAAGAGCAUGAAUAUGAACAUGGUAAGGGUUAUGGGAAGGGGCACGGAGGCGAGCAUGGAAAAGGGUAUGAGUAUGAACAUGGUAAGGGUUAUGGGAAGGGGCACGGAGGCGAGCAUGGAAAAGGAUAUGAGUAUGAACACGGUAAGGGUCAUGAGAAGGGGCACGGAGGCGAGCAUGGAAAAGGGUAUGAGUAUGAACACGGUAAGGGUCAUGAGAAGGGGCACGGAGGCGAGCAUGGAAAAGGGUAUGAAUAUGAACAUGGUAAGGGUCAUGAGAAGGGGCACGGAGGCGAGCAUGGAAAUGGGUAUGAAUAUGAACAUGGUAAGGGUUAUGAGAAGGGGCACAAGCAUGAAAACGGAAAGGAAAAUGGAAAAGAGCACGGAUAUGAACAUGACAAGGAGCAUGGAAAUGAACAUGGAAAAGGGUAUGAACAUGGUGAGGGCUACGAACAUGGACAUGGAAAAGAACAUGGAUAUGAACAUGAAAAGGGACAUGGAAAAGAAUACGGAAAAGGGCAUGGAUAUGAAUAUGGAAAAGGGUAUGGAUAUGAACACGGAAAGGGAAAUGGGAAGGAGAAGGGACAUGAAAAAUCUGGUCACUAUGAGUAUCCAGGGCAUGGUGUUGCUACUAAAAACUGAAGUUGAAAAUUAGAUGGAAGACCUUUCCUUAAAAGGGUAAGUCUUUCAUCAAAUUUCCAUGCAUCAUUAGAUAAGUUUUCCGUGAAUAAGAGUGUUUAGAGAUGCGGCCAUCUCUAUGUAAAAGAUAUAUACUGAGAAAUUUAUGGUCGCUAUAAUAGAGUAGCUUCCUUAGCUCUCUCCAAUAAUGACCUAAUUUAAGUCUGUCUAUCUUUCCAAUAUUGUUUUCUUAAUUAACUCUUAUUCGGUAUGUAAUAUAAUGCACGUUAAUUUAAUGCCA